GCAACCCAAAGUAUCUUCAUGUGCUUUACGGAAGAACUUUCCAAUCUUUAGGUAUGAGCCAGAGGUGGAUUACCAACCUUCAGAAGAAAAUGAGAAUUUUUGCCUCAAUAACUCAACACAUUUGGGGACUUUUUGUAUCAGAGAGGAAGCCUGGAUGGAAGAAUCUGUUGCAGCUUUUUGCAGUUUGCUGUACUGUUAGCUUCAUCAUAAGCAGCCUCUUAUUUCUUGGCUUGCAUUCCUUUCUAGCACCCUAUCCUUUGGUUUCCUUAGCAAUUUCUGGGUCCACCUGGAUUGGCCUGUCUAUUGGGUUGUGUUCCUCCAAGCACAUGCGCUGCUUUGGCACGCUGUUUGUUCUUUCUUGCAGCUUGCGUGAAGGUAGAAAUGCGCUUAUUGCUGCUGGGACUGGUGUUGUGGUAGCUGGCACGAUCCAAAAUAUUUUUCACAACCUAAAGAUAUUGGCAGACAGUGUAGCUUGCAAUCUAGAGAUUGAGCAAUUUGCCUUUAUAAAACUCUAUAUUAAAAUAAUUCAGUGGAUUUAUAAUGAGGCUAAACGUUUAAGUAACCCAGUGGAAGAAGUAAUAUCACUGAGUGACAAAUUCAGUGUCUCUUACUUAAUUUCAGAUGAAGAUUUGAAAAUGAAGUUAAACACCACAAAACAACAAAUCCAGAGUGUUACUAACCAUAUAUCUUCUAUACUGGCUAUACAGCCCUAUAUAAGCCAGAGGCUGUUGCCUAUAAUAGGGAUUCUUCUAGUUCCUCUUGGCACAUACCUUUUCUUCAGAAAAUUCUUGGGCACUCAUAGUGUGAAGUUUAAGAAUAUUUACAUUACAAAACAGUUCAUUGAAUUUGAUGAGCACCAAAGGCAGCAAAGAAAGCCCUGUGUUCUUCCACUCAGUAAAAAAGAAAGAAAAGAGUAUGUGAUAGUCCCAUCCCUCCGCCUAACACACAAGGAAAGGAAAAGCAUAGGACGCAUUCUAAUCCCUGUAUUUACUAAUCUUUGCAUCUGGGUUCUGUUUGCAGCAGUAGAUUAUUUGCUUUACUGGCUAAUUUUUUCAGUGAGCAAGCAUCUCCAAGCAUUACCAAAGCUAGAGGUUAAUUUGAAAGUCAGGUACCAAAAAAAUGAAAACACGUUUAUUUUCAACAAUGGGGAGCGCAAGACAAUGAAUCUUAACUUUAGCUCUUCUCUGUUUAAGCAUGAAUGCCUCCCUAAGCCAGAGUUUUUGCUCUCCUCAACAUGGAUCCAGCUUGGAUGCAUCAUCUUUUGUCUAAUAAUAUUUGCAUUAUUCUCCACCACCCUGACGCAACUUAAAAUACUUGUGUCAACUUCAUUUUAUCCCAACAUAGAGAUGAAACGGAUACAUUAUCUGCAUGCAAAACUACUGAGAAAAAGAUCAAAGUUUCCACAGAAAAAUGUAAAAAGGAAAUUGAACUCAUUUGCUACAACGCUCCACUUCUGGUUCCCAGUAUUCAAGGCAAUGGGGAUGGUCACGAAGAAACAAAAAGACAUGAUAAACAUCAACAAUGUUUGAAAAAGUCCCAGAAACCUUUCGGAUAAGUUCACAGUUCUUUGGUUCAACAGGUCCCUGUAUAGUGCACCUGUAUUGCUCCAGCUUUGUUAAAAUAUUUCCAUGAAGUGCUGCCAGUUAAUUUGCAUAUUAUAUAUAUAUGUUAAAUAAGUAAAAAUAGAUGCCAAAAGA